CGUGUUAUUAUUGAGGAGCAACCGUUUGAAGUUGCUCUUGUCGUCAUGGUGGUGUUUCCAAGUUCACUGACGGAGGAAGAAGAGGCUCUGCAAAAGAAAUAUGCUAAACUCAAGAAAAAGAAAAAGGCCCUGCUUGCCUUGAAGAAGCAGAAUUCAACCAACCAGACAAACCAAAGUGGCUUAAAACGGACUUUGUCAGACCAGCCUGUUGUUGACACGGCAACGGCCACAGAACAAGCAAAGAUGCUCAUCAAGACGGGUGCCAUCAGCGCCAUCAAGUCAGAGAACAAGAACUCUGGGUUUAAACGCUCUCGAAUGCUGGAAAAAAAGGACCCCGAGAAAGGCCAAAAUCCGGCUUUCUUACCUUUCCAAAGGAGUGUCUCUACAGAUGAGGAACCACUUGAGGCUGGGAAAAGAUCCAGGAGGCCACUGUAUGAGAGCUUUGUCAGCUCAAGAGACAGGUUCCGGGAGGAGGAGGAAGGAGCCAGCGUGCCGCCCAGCCGUGAAAUGGAAAGGGACGUAGACCGAGAGCGGGACCGGGACCGGGAACGAGAGCUGGAUAGAGAGCGGGACAGAGAAAGAGAGAAGGACAGAGACCGGGAGAGGGAGAAAGACAGAGGCCGGGACAGGGAAAGGGAGCGGGACAGAGAAAGAGAAAGGGACAGAAGCAGAGAAAGGGAUCGAGACAAUGACAGGGAACGGGACAGAGAAAGAGAUGCACCGUUCAGACGUUCAGAUUCAUACCCAGAGCGGAGAGGGGUACGAAAGGGGAACACGGUGUAUGUUUAUGGCUCUGGGCUCGGAGAGGACAGCCUGCGCUCUUCCUUCUCUCCACAUGGAACCAUCAUUGACCUCUCCAUGGACAACCCACGAAAUUGUGCAUUUAUCACUUUUGAGAAAAUGGAGUCUGCAGACCAGGCCGUAGCUGAGUUGAAUGGAACCACAGUGGGAGAUGUUCACGUCAAAGUAAGCAUCGCCAGGAAGCAGCCUAUGCUGGACGCUGCCACAGGCAAAUCUGUCUGGGCUUCACUGGCUGUGCAGAACAGCACUAAAGGCUCCUACAGGGACAAGAGGAAUCAAGUCGUGUACAGUGAAGAUUUCCUGUGAUGAAUUCUUUUUAUUUUUACUUUUGAUGUUAUUUUAAUGACGUCCGCUAGCAGCAUAAAUACAAAAUAAUCUGUUGUCUCUUUGAUUGGAGCAUUUUUCAUGGUUGGUAUGUAAUGCUUUGUGGUUCAUGAAACUAGAGAUGCCGUUUGGAUCUCAAUAAAAAGAUUUCCAUGAG